GUCCGUGUGGGCUUCAGUUGUAGUGCAGGAAAGGUCCCACCCGGAGUGCGUCACAGAAUACUCCAGCACUUUCUUUCGCGGUGACCGUACGUUUUGGAAACGAUUGGAGAAAGAGCAAUUAUGUUUUAUAGUCGAGUGUUCAAGAGAGAAUUGACUUCAUCCUUGCAAGUGCUAAUGGUGAUGGCACUUGGCAGCGUGCUCAGUUCUACUUGUACUUUCCUCCUCUUGUCUCCGUCCUUGCCGGAGCGCAGGUUUUAUGAAAUGAAAAGAAGCUUGGCGAGAGACAGGCUACACGAUCAGCAUGAAUCCUUUCAUAAAGAAGAGAGCGAGCAAGCAGACAAACUUGCAGAACAAGUGAGGAUAUUAUGCCUCGUAACGACAAUGGAGUCUAAUCACGAGAAAAAAGCAGCUCACCUUAAAAACACUUGGGGGAGGAGGUGUAACAAACUCAUCUUCAUGAGUACAAAAGACGAUCCAUUGCUGGGAGCCAUCGACGUGGAUGUACCGCAGGGCAAGAAGUACCAGUGGGGGAAGGCCAAAGCGUCUCUCAAGUACGUUUUUGACCAUCACUUCCACGCGUUUGACUGGGUCUUCGUGGCGCAGGAGGACACUUACGCCAUAAUCGAGAACCUCCGCUACAUGCUCUCGGUUUACGACCCAGAGGAUCCCCUCUUCUUUGGUUCCAGAAUUAAGUCGAAGGCGAAACAAGGAAGCGUAAGCCGAAAUGCUGGAUACGUCCUCAGCAAAAGUGCAUUGAGAAAAUUCGUUAAAGAAGCGAUGACAGAUCGCAUAAAAUGCAACGCAGAUUUAGAAGGUUCUGAAGAAAUUGAAAUAGGGGUAUGCCUUGAGAACGUCGGGGUCAAAGCAGGUGACUCAAGAGACAGCUUGGGUCGCGGUCGAUUUUUCCCUUGUAAACCCGAUUCGCUGGUUGGGGGCAAGAUACCACAAGCAUACAAGGACAGCGCUUAUUACAGCCCUAGUGUGGGCUUAAAUUGCUGCUCGGACAUGGCUAUUUCUUUUUAUAAUAUCGUCGGGAAAAGGAUGUACGAAUAUGAAUAUUUCUUCUAUCACACGAGACCCUACGGCAUUAAACACACGUUCCCAGUACCUGCGGAGAUGCCAUUCAGUGCAGCCAGCCACGGAUGAUGGAGGUUUAGCUAGCUUCGAAACGUUUGAAUGAACAUGAAAACAUGUUAACCAUCGUUUACACUGUACGACCCCAGAGGGGCAAAUGAAUUACGAGUUAGACACAUACAUACAUACAUAUAUAUAUAUAUAUAUAAAUAUGAAUAUAUAUAUAUGCAUAUAUAUAUGUGUGUAUCAAUAUAUACAUAUAUAUAGAGAGAAUACACACAUACAUAUAUAUAAACAUCUGCUCAGUCCCAAUCUCUAUGGUGAUAAAGCGUAGGGCGCUAGAAAAUAUCACGCUUAAAUGGGGCGAGGUUGGUUGUUAGGGGUGGGGAGGGGUAGCUAAGCUGGGGAGUUUUUGUGUAUGUGUUCUUUGGUGCACCAGUGUAAGCUGACGAAAUGUGUCUGCUUUGUUUCAGAGUAUUUGUGUUGUGGGAGCCUAUUACAGUCACGAAUGGUGCGUGGAAAGUAUGAGCGUUUGUAAGAAUCUGCAUUGGCGUGAUAUGUUCCUUAUGUCUAGUGAGCGUUUCGUGUGUUUGUUGUGUCUGCAUGAUGAGGGUAAUCUUGUUUUUUAUGUCAGUUUGAUUGUUUGUAAUUUUGAACACAGUUGUUAAUCUGUGUGCUUGUCUGCAUAUUGUGAGGGUGUCCAGAUGUAAUUGUUUAAUACGUGUUGUAAUGCCAGGAGUUUUAGUGCAAUUGUUUGUGAUGAACCGGGCCGCUGUGUGUCUGUGUGUGUGGGUCCUACACUGCUGCACAAUACUCCGGUAGGCUAUAAUGUUUAGUGUCUUGAGUACAACAGUGUAGAUUUUUCCUCAGGAAACCUAAUGGUCUUUAUGUUGUAUGCUGUCUAUGUGUGAGUUAGACUUGGUGUUAGCAUGUAGUGUGAUUCCUAGUUAUUUAUGAGAUGGUGUGUUGGGUACCUGUUGUGAGCGGAUUAAAUAUGGAUAUUUUAUAGGAUUUUGCAUUUGCAAUGUAGCUUCCCAUUGCUGGGUGGAAUCUAAGACAGUCUGGAGGAGGUCACAGUCAUCAGGCGUUUUAAUUUGUCGAUAAAUGAGGCUGUCGUCAGCAAAAAGUUAAAUUAAGAAUUAGGAGUGGAUAGUGGGAAGUCAUUUAUGUAUAGUAGAAAAAGGAGAGGGCCUACGAUGUUGCCCUAGGGGACAACAAAAGAGAUAUGGUACCAUCAAGGAGAACGCACUGAGUCCUCUUGAAAGAAUCGCUGUGAUCCAGUAAAGAGUUUAUCCAGUGGUUCUGUAAAACUGUAGUUUUUGUGUCAGUCUUUUGUGGGGGACUUUAUCAAAGGCUUUGGCGAAGUCUAGCACAAUAGGGUUUACCUGUUUAUGUCACGUCUGUCUAGAAGUCUGGAAAUGUGAUGAAUAACAAUGAGUUGGUGUUCGCAUGAUCGUUUGGGUCAGAAUCCAUGUUGUGUGUCAGUUGGUAUCUUGUUAGUGUCAAGACGAUUCAUUAAGUGUUUGUAUAUGAUGUGUUUGAAGAUUUUAUAUAUGAUGGUGAGGGAGAUGGGGCGAUAAUUUGAUGGGUCAGUCCAGUCACCUGCCUUGAAAAGAGGGGUGACGUCUGUACAAAGCCAGUUGGGUGGGAGAGAGGACGUCCUGAGGGAUUGUGUAAAUAUGAUUUGGAAGAUGGGGGCACAGAUUUUGAGGAAAAAAGAAGGGAUUUUGUCGGGUCCUGUGGAACUGUGUGUUGAGUAAAUGAGCUUUGUUUUCUGGUGUGGUGCCACUGUGGUCUUUUAGUGCGGCUAUGUUGGUGGUGUCCUAUCUGUACAUCUUGAAGAACUUAAAGAAGUGUCUAAGGAUGUUUCUUACAUUGUCUGCGAGAUAUUUACUGAUGUGUUCGCGUUCGGCCUUCUUUCUGUUAUUUGGCAAAUGUUUUUUUGGAAUGAUUUGAAAUUGGCCCAUUUCUCUGGUGUGUUGUAUGAUUGCACGCAUCUGCAGAGUCUUUUUUUUUUUUUUUUUUUUUUUUUUUUUUUUUUUUUUUUAGGGUUGGCCAUGCAGGCCUCUGGAGUACCAGGGGAGUGUGUACCUACUCAGAAUGCGUGGAAUGUAUGAAGUGUUUCAGGCUAUUCCAGUUUUCAUCAAGAGUAGGGGUCAGAAGACAGAAAGUUGUCUCUGUAAGUCGUCAUGUCCCUUAUGAUUGAAUCUGUGUCGGCUGUCUCUACGCCGAUCUGUCUCUACGUAUCACUGUCAUACUAUAAGGGGGAAGGAAGAUUUCCGCAGUCUUUAUCUGGUGUCAACCAUGUCUCUGUACUUAUAUUGAUGUCCGGGUCGUAAGUGUCAAUAGUAUUGAGGAGUUGGGUCUUCUUGGAGGUCGAGCCGGAAGAGGA